AUGACUCCCCGAUUGGUUCCUUGGGUUUUUGUGGGAUUAUUUCUGCUCCGCUGCGGACGGUGCUUCCUGCAGCUGGACGCAGCGAUUCCCACAGAGUCUGAUCCGACAGCAGAGGUUCUGGAGACACAGAGAGCAGAGGUUCUGGAGACUCAGAAAGCAGAGGUUCUGGAGACUCAGAAGGCAGAGGUUCUGGAGACUCAGAAAGCAGAGGUUUUGGAGACUCAGAAAGCAGAGGUUCUGGAGACUCAGAAAGCAGAGGUUCUGGAGACUCAGAAAGCAGAGGUUCUGGAGACUCAGAAAGCAGAGGUUCUGGAGACUCAGAAGGCAGAGGUUCUGGAGACUCAGAAAGCAGAGGUUCUGGAGACUCAGAAAGCAGAGGUUCUGGAGACUCAGAAGGCAGAGGUUCUGGAGACUCAGAAAGCAGAGGUUCUGGAGACUCAGAAAGCAGAGGUUCUGGAGACUCAGAAAGCAGAGGUUCUGGAGACUCAGAAGGCAGAGGUUCUGGAGACUCAGAAGGCAGAGGUUCUGGAGACUCAGAAAGCAGAGGUUCUGGAGACUCAGAAAGCAGAGGUUCUGGAGACUCAGAAAGCAGAGGUUCUGGAGACUCAGAAAGCAGAGGUUCUGGAGACUCAGAAAGCAGAGGUUCUGGAGACUCAGAAAGCAGAGGUUCUGGAGACUCAGAAGGCAGAGGUUCUGGAGACUCAGAAAGCAGAGGUUCUGGAGACUCAGAAAGCAGAGGUUCUGGAGACUCAGAAAGCAGAGGUUCUGGAGACUCAGAAAGCAGAGGUUCUGGAGACUCAGAAAGCAGAGGUUCUGGAGACUCAGAAGGCAGAGGUUCUGGAGACUCAGAAGGCAGAGGUUCUGGAGACUCAGAAAGCAGAGGUUUUGGAGACUCAGAAAGCAGAGGUUCUGGAGACUCAGAAAGCAGAGGUUCUGGAGACUCAGAAAGCAGAGGUUCUGGAGACUCAGAAAGCAGAGGUUCUGGAGACUCAGAAAGCAGAGGUUCUGGAGACUCAGAAAGCAGAGGUUCUGGAGACUCAGAAAGCAGAGGUUCUGGAGACUCAGAAAGCAGAGGUUCUGGAGACUCAGAAGCAGAGGUUCUGGAGACUCAGAAAGCAGAGGUUCUGGAGACUCAGAAAGCAGAGGUUCUGGAGACUCAGAAAGCAGAGGUUCUGGAGACUCAGAAAGCAGAGGUUCUGGAGACUCAGAAAGCAGAGGUUCUGGAGACUCAGAAAGCAGAGGUUCUGGAGACUCAGAAAGCAGAGGUUCUGGAGACUCAGAAGGCAGAGGUUCUGGAGACUCAGAAAGCAGAGGUUCUGGAGACUCAGAAAGGCAGAGGUUCUGGAGACUCAGAAAGCAGAGGUUCUGGAGACUCAGAAAGCAGAGGUUCUGGAGACUCAGAAAGCAGAGGUUCUGGAGACUCAGAAAGCAGAGGUUCUGGAGACUCAGAAAGCAGAGGUUCUGGAGACUCAGAAAGCAGAGGUUCUGGAGACUCAGAAGCAGAGGUUCUGGAGCUCAGAAGGUUCUGGAGACUCAGAAGGCAGAGGUUCUGGAGACUCAGAAAGCAGAGGUUCUGGAGACUCAGCAAGCAGAGGUUCUGGAGACUCAGAAAGCAGAGGUUCUGGAGACUCAGAAAGCAGAGGUUCUGGAGACUCAGAAGGCAGAGGUUCUGGAGACUCAGAAAGCAGAGGUUCUGGAGACUCAGAAAGCAGAGGUUCUGGAGACUCAGAAAGCAGAGGUUCUGGAGACUCAGAAAGCAGAGGUUCUGGAGACUCAGAAAGCAGAGGUUCUGGAGACUCAGAAAGCAGAGGUUCUGGAGACUCAGAAAGCAGCAAGGUUCUGGAGACUCAGAAAGCAGAGGUUCUGGAGACUCAGAAAGCAGAGGUUCUGGAGACUCAGAAGGCAGAGGUUCUGGAGACUCAGAAAGCAGAGGUUCUGGAGACUCAGAAAGCAGAGGUUCUGGAGACUCAGAAAGCAGAGGUUCUGGAGACUCAGAAAGCAGAGGUUCUGGAGACUCAGAAAGCAGAGGUUCUGGAGACUCAGAAAGCAGAGGUUCUGGAGACUCAGAAAGCAGAGGUUCUGGAGACUCAGAAGGCAGAGGUUCUGGAGACUCAGAAGGCAGAGGUUCUGGAGACUCAGAAAGCAGAGGUUCUGGAGACUCAGCAAGCAGAGGUUCUGGAGACUCAGAAAGCAGAGGUUCUGGAGACUCAGAAAGCAGAGGUUCUGGAGACUCAGAAGGCAGAGGUUCUGGAGACUCAGAAAGCAGAGGUUCUGGAGACUCAGAAAGCAGAGGUUCUGGAGACUCAGAAAGCAGAGGUUCUGGAGACUCAGAAGGCAGAGGUUCUGGAGACUCAGAAAGCAGAGGUUCUGGAGACUCAGAAAGCAGAGGUUCUGGAGACUCAGAAAGCAGAGGUUCUGGAGACUCAGAAGGCAGAGGUUCUGGAGACUCAGAAGGCAGAGGUUCUGGAGACUCAGAAAGCAGAGGUUCUGGAGACUCAGAAGGCAGAGGUUCUGGAGACUCAGAAAGCAGAGGUUCUGGAGACUCAGAAAGCAGAGGUUCUGGAGACUCAGAAGGCAGAGGUUCUGGAGACUCAGAAAGCAGAGGUUCUGGAGCCUCAGAAGGCAGAGGUUCUGGAGACUCAGAAGGCAGAGGUUCUGGAGACUCAGAAAGCAGAGGUUCUGGAGACUCAGCAAGCAGAGGUUCUGGAGACUCAGAAAGCAGAGGUUCUGGAGACUCAGAAAGCAGAGGUUCUGGAGACUCAGAAGGCAGAGGUUCUGGAGACUCAGAAAGCAGAGGUUCUGGAGACUCAGAAAGCAGAGGUUCUGGAGACUCAGAAAGCAGAGGUUCUGGAGACUCAGAAAGCAGAGGUUCUGGAGACUCAGAAAGCAGAGGUUCUGGAGACUCAGAAAGCAGAGGUUCUGGAGACUCAGAAAGCAGAGGUUCUGGAGACUCAGAAAGCAGAGGUUCUGGAGACUCAGAAAGCAGAGGUUCUGGAGACUCAGAAGGCAGAGGUUCUGGAGACUCAGAAAGCAGAGGUUCUGGAGACUCAGAAAGCAGAGGUUCUGGAGACUCAGAAAGCAGAGGUUCUGGAGACUCAGAAAGCAGAGGUUCUGGAGACUCAGAAAGCAGAGGUUCUGGAGACUCAGAAAGCAGAGAAGGCAGAGGUUCUGGAGACUCAGAAAGCAGAGGUUCUGGAGACUCAGCAAGCAGAGGUUCUGGAGACUCAGAAAGCAGAGGUUCUGGAGACUCAGAAAGCAGAGGUUCUGGAGACUCAGAAGGCAGAGGUUCUGGAGACUCAGAAAGCAGAGGUUCUGGAGACUCAGAAAGCAGAGGUUCUGGAGACUCAGAAAGCAGAGGUUCUGGAGACUCAGAAAGCAGAGGUUCUGGAGACUCAGAAAGCAGAGGUUCUGGAGACUCAGAAAGCAGAGGUUCUGGAGACUCAGAAAGCAGAGGUUCUGGAGACUCAGAAAGCAGAGGUUCUGGAGACUCAGAAGGCAGAGGUUCUGGAGACUCAGAAAGCAGAGGUUCUGGAGACUCAGAAAGCAGAGGUUCUGGAGACUCAGAAAGCAGAGGUUCUGGAGACUCAGAAAGCAGAGGUUUUGGAGACUCAGAAAGCAGAGGUUCUGGAGACUCAGAAAGCAGAGGUUCUGGAGACUCAGAAGGCAGAGGUUCUGGAGACUCAGAAAGCAGAGGUUCUGGAGACUCAGAAAGCAGAGGUUCUGGAGACUCAGAAAGCAGAGGUUCUGGAGACUCAGAAAGCAGAGGUUCUGGAGACUCAGAAGGCAAAGGUUCUGGAGACUCAGAAAGCAGAGGUUCUGGAGACUCAGAAAGCAGAGGUUCUGGAGACUCAGAAAGCAGAGGUUCUGGAGACUCAGAAAGCAGAGGUUCUGGAGACUCAGAAGGCAGAGGUUCUGGAGACUCAGAAAGCAGAGGUUCUGGAGACUCAGAAAGCAGAGGUUCUGGAGACUCAGAAAGCAGAGGUUCUGGAGACUCAGAAAGCAGAGGUUCUGGAGACUCAGAAAGCAGAGGUUCUGGAGACUCAGAAAGCAGAGGUUUUGGAGACUCAGAAAGCAGAGGUUCUGGAGACUCAGAAGGCAGAGGUUCUGGAGACUCAGAAAGCAGAGGUUCUGGAGACUCAGAAAGCAGAGGUUCUGGAGACUCAGAAAGCAGAGGUUCUGGAGACUCAGAAAGCAGAGGUUCUGGAGACUCAGAAAGCAGAGGUUCUGGAGACUCAGAAAGCAGAGGUUUUGGAGACUCAGAAAGCAGAGGUUCUGGAGACUCAGAAGGCAGAGGUUCUGGAGACUCAGAAAGCAGAGGUUCUGGAGACUCAGAAAGCAGAGGUUCUGGAGACUCAGAAAGCAGAGGUUCUGGAGACUCAGAAAGCAAAGGGGAAGGGCGAGGAAGUGAGGAUGUGUCCUUUGUAA